AGAGACGGGAGAUAUUUUAGUGGGUAGAUUAACGCCACAGAUGACAAAUGAGUCAUUGUAUGCUCCCGAAGAUAGGUUAUUAUGAGCCAUACUUGACAUUCAGGUGUCAAGUUCAAAGGAAACUUGUCUAAAACUCCCUACAGGGUCCUAGUUAUUGAUCUUAGAUGGGUCCAGGAAAAAGUGGGUUUGGAUUCUAAUUCAGAAACAAUUCUAAUCUGCUGGGUAUUUCAAUUAGGCAGGGUUUUGAGGUUGUGAUUGCAAUUCCAACUUGUUUGAUGGGUUGUAUUGAGGGGUGUUAAUGGGGUCCAGCAAUGGGUUAUGGUCAUUUUUCAGAUUUCCUUUUAUUGCUUCAUGUUAAAUUUGAAUAGCUUUAUUGAAUAGGGAGAAGGAACAACAAGAGAAUAGAAUAAAUUUGUAUAAUUAGAAAUCAACCUUGGACACUACACACUCAGAAAAAGAAAAGGUUGAGGCUUUAAAUGGAUUUAGCUGUGGGUUUUGAACAAGUUUGCAGUUAAAAGUAAUAAUUGAAGAAAUACACCUGCAAAUCUUUCAUCCAUGUAUGGAAACAAAAGUAAUGAAUACCCAUAAACUCCAGUUUGAAUAGUAGAAAAGCACAUGGCUUGUGAUGUAAGAACAAAUAAGUGUCUUAGUUUGAUAGCUUUGUUUGCUGAAUAGAAGAGACUCCUCUCCUUCUCGUUCCCCUUCCCUCUCCCCUGUGUCUGUUGUGAGAAUUUUAUGCUCUACACCUCAUCCUGCACUUUCAUUGCCAUCAUGCCUAGACAAUGGGAAUUCGGAUCCGGAUCCGGCGGCCGGCAGCAAUCGAAGUUUUCAAAAGGGAAAACAUUCCAGUUCUUCCAGAUUAUCCUUGAGGAUUCCAUCCAAGAGAAGAAGCUGAAACUCCCAUUGAAAUUCACACAGAAAUUCGGAGUUGAACUUUCAGAGUUUGCCAUCCUCACUGUCGCGGAUGGUGCUGUUUGGCAAGUAGGAUUGACAAAAAGCAGUAGCCGAAUUUGCUUUGAUGAAGGCUGGGAUGAAUUCACAGUACAUUAUUCACUCAGCCAUGGACACUUCAUAGUCUUUGCUUAUGAAGGAGAUUCUGCGUUCAACGUCCACAUAUUUGAUAAGUCUGCGUGUGAGAUUGUUUAUCCACAUGUUGAUCUAGUGGAAGUUGAUUUUCCAGCCGAUAAGGAAGAUGAAGAUGAUCCACCAACUCCGAUUACUCAUCGCCAAUAUCGUAGUAGACAGUCGAACGUGUCUGAAGGGAGCAGAAGGGCAUUGGAUGCUGCUAAAGCAAUGAAGCCAAAGAAUCCCAGUUUCAUGAUUGUCAUGAAACCAUGUGAUCUGCAUAGAAAAGCAUUACAUGUUCCUGCCUUAUUUGCAAGGUAUCAUCUGAAUGGGAAGCCAACCAACAUGACAGUUGUGGCUUCUACUGGAAGAGAAUGGACACUCAACGUGCGCGAGACGAAAGAUGGUGCCCUACUCUUUUCAGGUGGAUGUUCUCAAUUUAUUGCGGACAACAAGUUGAAGAACGGGGACAUUUGUGUGUUCGAACAAAUAACGAAGGAUGUUUCCUUGGAAGUAACUGUGUUUCGUGCAUCUCCAGAGUAAAGCUUGAGUAUGCAUGCAGUAUCUUGGCUUUUCUGUUGAUUUGAUAGGUAUACUCCAUAUGCAAACGUUUGUGUGAUUUCGCGGAUCUUUUGAAGGAAGCCUAGAGGUAUCUGUUGAUCUUAACUCUCUGUGAAGAAAGUAGAAAAACUAUAUUCUUGAAGGGAGCUAUAGCUAGCAUUUCUGCCAUAGCCCGUUUAACGGGAUUUGCCUGUUAACUUGUAGGAGUAGAAUGUUAACUUUCUUGAAAGUAUUUAGGAUUAUUGAAAUGACCAGAGUCUAAUGGUAUAAAAUUACUUUCAUGUUUUUUUUACUAUCUAGUUUGUAGUCUGGAAAUUUAAAAUGUCUACCAUUUCAGCUACGAUUCUGCAUUAAGGUUAUAGUUUUCAGUUCCCUUUAGUCUUGGUUGAUACAAUGGUAACAAUUUUUGACUGUGAAAUGCAAUAUUAGAGUCUACAAGAA